GAAUCUUUAAUCUUUGAUAUUUCAGACUCAUCCCAUUUCUAGGAAAUAGCAUACAUCUUUACCAGGAAGCUCCGUGCCACGUUACAUCAACGAAUGAGCCAAACAUCAUAGCUCUAGGCAAAACACUGAAGUCUUCUUCUUUUAUUUAUUGUGGAGUAUCCUUCUGAUUGCUCGAUGUCCUGAAUGAACUGCUAAAACCAUACAAGGAGAUUGAAGCAUGAUAUUCAAGAGUUGUAGAAGCCUGGUUUUUGUCUCUCUUAUGCUGUAGUAGUAACUCUUUCUGAUCCGGGCCAUGGCAGCACCUGUCAAUGUUCAUGUGGUUCUUGACUUUGAUAAGCAGUGUAGGAAGAUGGACUGAGUUGCAUCACCACUGUUCUCUUGGAUGUCUAUACCUCUUAUUUAUAUAGGCUCCAUCUUCAAGCCAGAGGGACUUCUCCAUACAGUGCGCUACUGCAGGAUAGGCCAAUGGUAGCGGUACCAGAUAGGAGAUUGACCUAUAUAUAAACAAGGGCUUCCAAAUUCUUCAGAAGAGUCAAAUAUGAUUAACAAAGUAAAGUACCCUUCCAGCGUUGGAAAGCUUGCUCUGAGUUCUAUCUUUAUCUUGUUUCUUUCAUCAUGGAUUUCCUUGGCUAUGCCACAGAACCAAACCAUCAUCCGAGUGAAUGUUGGAGUUAUUCUGGAUGACCAUACACAUUCAGGGGCUCAGCAAAUUUGGUUGAGGUGCAUAAAAAUGGCUCUCUCUGACUUCUAUGUUUCAAAUGCUCAUUACAAGACUCGGCUGGUCUUGAAAGUUAGGGACUCUAAACGAAAUGUUGUUCAUGCAGCUGCCGCAGCUCUUGAUUUGAUAAAGAAUGAAAAAGUUCGAGCCAUCAUUGGACCAGUGACGACUAUGGACACGAGCUUUGUUAUUAAUCUCGGAAACGAAGCUCAUGUGCCCAUCAUAUCUUUUUCUGCAACAAGCCCUUCUCUUGCAUCAAUCCAGAGCUCCUACUUUUUCCAGCUUGCACAAAAUGAUUCAACCCAAGUGAAAGCUAUAAGUUCCAUUGUAAAAGCUUUUGGGUGGAGACAAGUUGUGCCGAUCUACAUAGACACCUCAUAUGGCAAGGCAUUCGUACCAUACUUAGCUGAUGCCUUGGAAGAAAUCGGUGCCCGUGUCACUUACCGGAGUGUUCUUUCCCCAUCUGCAACAGAUGAUCAAAUUGAAAAGGAGCUAUACAAGUUAAUGACAAUGCAAACUAGAGUUUUUGUUGUUCACAUGACAACCCCACUAUGCUCUAGGGUACUUGACAAGGCAAAAGCAAUUGGAAUGAUGAGCCAGGGAUAUGUUUGGAUCACGACCAGUGGGAAAACUAAUAGAUUAAAGAUGAUGGACGACUUUUCAUUCCUCAAUUCCAUGGAGGGAGUAAUAGGUGUUGAAACCUAUGUCCCAGUAACAAAAGAACGUCAAGGGUUUAUGCAACGGUGGCAUCUGCAGAUCCUAAAAGACACUCCAGCCAACGGUUUUUCUGCUAACUUGGAUGUUUUUGCCCUAUGGGCUUAUGAUGCUGCUCAUGCACUGGCCAUAGCAAUUGAAAAAGUAACUUGGAGUACAAGUAACAUUGGUUUCCGAAAGUCAGAUACUGCUACCAACAACUUGACAGAUCUUGAAAGUUUUUCAGUCUCUCAAUAUGGUCCAGAACUAUGCGAAGCGCUCUCAACUACUAGAUUUCAUGGCAUUGCUGGAGAAUUUAGACUUGUUGAUAGGCGGCUUCAAUCCUCAACUUUUAAGAUUGUUAACAUAAAUGGUGGUGCAGCAAGAACAAUUGGAUUUUGGACACCAGAAAAUGGACUUCAGAAAAAGUUGGGCUCCUCAGCAAGUAAAAGUUCAAUCUCCAAUGGCGAUCUGGGACCCAUGAUAUGGCCAGGAAAUACUCUCUCUGUUCCGAAGGGAUGGGAAAUCCCAACAAAUGGAAAGAAGUUGAGGAUUGCGGUUCCUCAAAAAGCUGGUUUUACUGAGUUUGUAAAGAUCACAAAAGAUCCAAGCACCAACAUAACUGAUGUCUUUGGGUUCAGUAUUGAUGUCUUUGAGGCUGCACUGCAGAUAUUGCCAUAUGCUCUGACCUACGAAUACAUUCCCUUUGUGAAGGCUGAUGGCAACCCUGCUGGCAAUAACAAUGAUUUGUGCUAUCAAGUUUCUAUUGGGAAUUUUGAUGCUAUAGUGGGAGAUACAACAAUUACAGCAAAUAGGUCAUUGUAUGUGGACUUUACCAUGCCAUAUACAGAAGCCGCUAUAGUCAUGGUUGUGCCGGUGAGAGAUAGCAAUAGAAAGAGUGCAUGGGCUUUCUUGAAGCCAUGGAGAUGGGAACUUUGGUUUGCAACUGCUUGUUUAUUCCUCUUCAUUGGUUUUGUUGUUUGGCUUCUUGAACAUCGAAUUAAUAAACACUUUCGGGGCCCUCCCUCGCAUCAAGUUGGUACCAGUAUUUGGUUUUCUUUCUCCACCAUGGUUUUUGCUCAGACUGCAAGAGUUGUUAGCAACUGGGCUAGAGUUGUGAUGAUUAUCUGGAUAUUUGUUCUACUAGUACUGACAAUAAAUUACACGGCCAGUCUAACUUCACUAUAUACCGUGAAGAAACUCGAGCCAACUUUUACUGAUAUAAAAUAUCUAUUAAAGAAAGGAGAGAGAGUUGGCCAUGUAAGGAAUUAUGUUGGUGACAUGUUGAAGAAAAUAGGUUUUGAGGAUUCAAAGCUUGUGCGUUUUACAACUGUAGAAGAAAUUGAUGACGCCCUUUCAAAAGGGAGUGCAAAUGGUGGAGUGGCUGGUGUUCUUGAUGAAACUCCCAACCUGAAACUCUUUCUUGCAAAGUACUGCAACAAGUAUAAGAUGGUUGGACCCUUCUUUAGAACUGAUGGCUUUGCCUUUGCAUUUCCAAAAGGUUCCCCUCUUCUACAGGAUGUUUCACAGGCAGUCCUUAAUGUGACCGGGGGAGAGAAGAUCAUGAAAAUUGAAAAUAAAUGGUUCAAGAAAGAAAGCAACUGUCAAGACUUGACUACCCCAAACAUCCAUAGCAAUCGUCUUGGUGUUGAUAGCUUUUUGGUCUUAUUUCUCAUUGUGGCGGGUGCUUCAAUACUCGCUCUUAUAAUAUUUGUAGUUUCAUUUGUUUACAGGCAUAAGGAUAUCUGGACUCCGGAAGCCUCUAUUUGGAGUAAGAUUCAGAAGAUGUUAGUUAUUUUCAAUGAAAAAGACCUGAGCUGUCAUACUUUUAUCAAUAAAAAGGAAGAUGAAAUGACUUCCUUUCCUAACUACUCCCCAGAAAGUUCCGUGCAUCAGAAUUUGUACCAUGGAAAUUUAAAUUCUUUCUCUUCUGGUUCUGGAGAGCCACAAGAAAGCUCAACUGAUCAUGCAUCACCAUGACUGAGCUGCUGCAACUCGAGUUUAUUAUCACAGUUCAAAGAAUCAAGAACUACAUUCAAGUUAAUGCUGCCUAUUCUGUAAGAUAUGAUAUUUGUGUAUGUUUGUCUAGUUAUAUAUAAGAUGUGUUGUUGUGUUAC